AUGUAUCACAUCGCUUAUAACCCAUCACAAUAUCGGACAUACUAUAACGAAGGACAAAUUAAGAGAGAAUCCGCAAACCCAAACCCAAAGAGUCCCCGGCCACCAGCAAACAAACCCACUUCUGUAAAGCAGCAAGUAUCUACACAUGAGGAAACUGCAUUUGAAAACGAGAUUGACCUUGAGAAAGAUGACGAGAGGAAUGGGGCUCUUGAGAAUUCUUCAAGAGGUGAUCAGACGUACUACAAUGAACUUGGAUCAUCGACUAAUAAGUCAAAAGUACACAUUAAUCAACUCGUCAAGUAUGUGGACGGAAAGACACAUGAUGCGUUUAGUGCUGAGUUUGAGAAAUUUUCUCGCGGUCUUGUGAAGCCGUAUGUGGAAUCGCAGAAGAGAGAGAACAUGAGUAAGAAUCGGUACAACGGCAUUUAUCCAUACGAUGAUUCAAGGGUCAGAGUCACGGGCAGUGGUGGAUCAGACUACAUAAAUGCCAGCUUUAUCGACGGUUUUAAGAAGCCGAAACAGUAUAUCGCAACAUUAGGUCCAAUGUCACAACAAUUAGAAGAUUUCAGUUUGUUUUGGAAAAUGAUUUGGCAACAAAAAGUUGAAAAGAUUGUUAUGGUUACCAAUCUCAUUGAACAUGGAACCCCUAAAUGCGAGCAAUACUGGCCAAACCCGGGGGCAGGUAAGAGGUAUGGUAACAUAAAGGUGGAGAGCCGCUCUGAGGAUGAAUAUGCCGAGUUUACCCGGCGAGCCUUAUCAGUGACCAUGGGGACCGAAGAAAGGACGUUGCACCAUCUGCACUUCACGUGUUGGCCUGACAAAGCCAUACCCGACGAUGUAACCGCAGUGAUAGAGUUCCGACAGAGGGUUCUGAGUACGCCGAAUACUCUAAAUGGACCAACCGUUGUGCAUUGCAGCGCUGGUGUAGGAAGAACAGGCACAUACAUUGCUCUGGACAUUCUCACAAAAGAAGGAGAGGCGGAACGAGCCAUUGAUAUCGCGGGAUGUGUCCACAAAAUGCGCCUGAACAGGCCGAAUAUGGUUCAGACAUUGGAGCAGUACCAGUUUCUGCACACAGCUUUGGUUUACUCGUUGACCUUCGACUGUAAACAAAUCAAGGGAGAGAACUUCAACCAGUUCAUGAGCAACCAUUCUACACAAGAACUGAAUCGUCAGUUUAAGCGACUGCAACACACAGUCGUAAAACGAACUAAAGACGAAACAAUGGCAGUUGAGCGCAAUAAACAGCACCUGAGUAAAAACAGAGCAAAUGCAGAUAUUCCGGGUAACGAAAACAGACCAAGACUUUACCUGAACCUCAAACAUGGGGCGUCAGACUACAUCAAUGCUGUAUACAUUCACAGCUUCAGAACCAAGAAACGUUACCUGGUAGCACAGACUCCACUUCCAGAGACUGUAAUCGACUUUUUGACGCUUGUUGUCCAAGAGAGCUGUUCAUGUACCGUCAGCUUCGAAGCUGAUAUGGACAAACAAAGAAAUAUCGGCAUAUAUUACCCAGCGGCAAACCAAGAAGUUCUGAAAGCUGGAACAUUUCAAGUCAGCUGCUUAAGAGAGGAAUGGAAAUCGUUCUACGCAGAGCAAACGUUGAAAAUACGAUACAAAGGGACGAGCACUGAUCGAACCAUUCCACAUCUUCAAUUUACCGACUGGGAUAAAAUGAACAAUAUUCCAAGGUCAACUAUAAACUUUCUGUCAUUUCUGAACGUGAUAGAGAAUGUCACAAAACAGUCAGGUGACGGGCCGAUCUUGGUCCAUUGCUUAGAUGGUGCGGGCAAAAGCGGUCUAUUCUGUGUGGUCUCGUUGCUUCUUCAUAAGAUGGCCGUGGAACAUGAAGUCAGUGUGCUUAACUCUGUUAGGAAGGUCAAAACUAUGAGGAGGUUAGCGAUCCCAAACCAGAACCAAUUUGUCUUCUGUCACGGAUGUGUUUCUGAGUAUCUAAGUUCCUUUGAUGUAUACGCCAACUUGAACGAAGAAACGGGGAGACUGUGAAGUUCAUCGAAUAUCAAAGUUAGAAAAGGAGUUUUUAGAGUAUAUAGAUGACAUUGUGCAAACUUAUGUUUCAUGUUUUUCUUUGCAAUAUGUUUUAUAAAUUAUUAUAGAUAUCACAAACCGUAAAACAUAUGUCUUAUAUCGACUUACUUACAAAACAUAUUCAUGAUUUUUUAUAGUCAGCUUUGUACAUACUUGCCCUUAAGUACGGUUCUAUUUCAUGGUACAUACUCUAAUGAUUUAUUAACUAUUUGAACAACCUGUAUUUAGCUGCACGUAAUGUACUAUUUAUAGCCAGUCAACAACAUUGGAAAACACCUAUUGAACAUUGUGUUAUAACAAUAUUUAAUUGGUCUAUAAAGUCCAUUGUGUUGUAUUUUGGUUUUCUUGUCUUAAGGUUUCCGUUACUCAAUUCUGUAAACUAAGGAUGUCUUGUAAUCUUGUAUUUUAAGGUAUAUUUUGAAAAGGGUCUGUUUGCAUUAUAAAAAGAAUACACGUAUGUAAAAAGUAAGACAUUGUAUUAUUCACACCUUUUUGUGAAAUGUUAACUCAUUUGCCAAACAUUAAUGUUAACUUAUUUAUUGCUGGUUCUAUCGAACUUUAAAA